AUGGCUUCGCCCAAACCUCAGGACAUCGGAUUGGGGAUCCAGCGCCAGAGGUCGGAGAGCGUUGCAACCCCCGCCCGAACAGAUUCCUCCGAAACGACCAAAAAACGCCCAGAGACCAGGGAGCGGUCGCAGUCAGUGUCACACGAUGAGAUUCAGCAGCCACCUAGCACCGAGUUCGAUCUCAGUGACCGGGUGUUCCCAAUCCGAUCGGUAGUCUCGGUGGACCCCAACGCAGCUACACAGCGGUCUACCUCGCGGGGAGCCACAUCCCCAACGAGAGAUGGGGCUCGGCACUAUACAUUUAUCGACGAGCAGACCUGGAACCAGCUCAAAUCCGAAUCGGAUGCUCAGUCUGUACCUCGCGUGGAUCCCGAGCAUGCCCAGCCUACGAUUCCCACAGAUAUUCCACGACAUGAGACACAUGCCACCCGUGAAGAGACGGAGCUCGGGACACACUCCAUGGCAUCGGAAGUCAUUCAGCACCCCGAAAUAUACGCGGAACCUAACAGCGAUAGCCAAUCCGGCUCCGGCUCCACCGCUCAUCCCAGAUCACAUGGUUCUCGGACAGACGAUGACCAUCUUAUGACUGCUCGUUUCAAACACGUAGUGACCGAAAAUGGCCACGCCAUCAUUACGGGCCGAGAGGGCGAAGACCUUCAAUACUGCGAAGACGAGCCUAUCAGGAUCCCCGGUGCAAUCCAGAGUUUUGGCGUCAUGAUCGCGCUGCGGGAGCAAUCUCCAGACCAGCUCGUCGUGCGCGUUGUGAGCGAAAAUUCGGCCGAAUAUUUAGGUUACACCCCGAAACAGCUUUUUGAAGCACAUGGCUUCUGUGACAUCCUAGAGCAAGAUCAAGCGGAUGCUUUGUUGGACCAUAUUGACUUUGUCCGGGACGAUGCAUACGACCCCUCUGUUGAUGGACCCGAAAUCUUUGCGCUAUCAAUUCCGACACCCACCGGGGAAGCACGCCGGUUCUGGUGCGCCGCUCAUGUCUGUCAAACCCAAAAAGACUUGAUAAUCUGUGAAUUCGAGCUUGAAUACGAUGAGCGCAAUCCAUUGGACAUUCCAGGCUCUGCUGCCUCAGGCAGCCCUGUGGACCCAUCAGAAAACAGCACACUGGGUGUUGUCCCUACGCCAGAUCAACUGGCCUCUUCGACCAUAGCCAUAUCACAGCCCCUUCGACUUCUUCGUCGUCGGAGAGCAGAGACCGAUUAUCUAUCGGUUCUCUCGCAGCUUGAAACUCAGCUGUCGCGGUGCCAAGACCUAGAGCAGUUGUUGAAUACUACGGCAGGACUCGUGAAGGAACUUAGCGGCUUCCACCGUGUGCUCAUAUACCAAUUUGACAGCAGCUGGAAUGGCAUGGUUGUCGCUGAACUGGUAGAUCCCAAUGUUACAAUCGAUCUAUACAAAGGCCUGCAUUUCCCGGCCUCCGACAUACCUGCCCAAGCAAGAGAAUUAUACAAGAUCAACAAGGUUCGUCUGCUCUAUGACCGUGAUCAGGUCACAUCACGUCUGGUUUGCCGAACAGUGGAAGACCUUGAAACACCCCUGGACAUGACACAUGCCUACUUGCGCGCGAUGUCGCCCAUCCACAUAAAGUAUCUGAAGCACAUGAAAGUUGUGUCUUCAUACUCGGUGUCUAUCAACGCCUUUGGGGAUCUGUGGGGCUUGAUAUCUUGUCAUAACUAUGGAUCUCCUCGACGUGUAUCUUUUCCAGUUCGAAAGAUCUGCCGCCUCCUUGGAGAUAUUGUCUCUCGUAAUAUCGAAAGACUUUCCUACACCUCAAGAUUGCAGGCGCGAAAAUUAAUCAAUACAGUUCCUACGGAAGCCAAUCCAUCCGGUUACAUCAUCGCUUCGAGUGACGAUCUUCUCCAACUUUUCUCUGCAGACUACGGCGUACUCUCAAUACGAGAUGAAACGAAGAUACUAGGCGAUGGCUCCAAUACUCAAGAGGUACUUGCGCUCUUAGAAUUCCUCCGCCUUCGACAAUUAAGCUCGGUUCUGGCAUCUCACGACAUCGUCAAAGACUUUCCCGAUUUGCAUUUUCCCCCAGGACUCAAGGCUAUCUCAGGGCUGCUUUAUGUCCCACUAUCCGCAGGUGGUAGUGACUUCAUCGUCUUUUUCCGACGUGGGCAGCUUACUGAAAUCAAAUGGGCCGGCAAUCCAUACGAGAUCGAGAAACGAAAGCAAACCGCGGGUUAUCUUGAGCCCCGCGAGAGUUUUUCGGCUUGGCGAGAGACUGUGCUGUCACAAAGUCGGGAAUGGACCGAAACCGACGUCGAGACAGCGGCAGUACUAUGUCUUGUGUAUGGAAAGUUCAUCAAGGUCUGGCGACAGAAGGAAGCGGCAAUGCAGAACUCUCAGCUGACCCGCCUUCUCCUGGCCAACUCCGCCCAUGAGGUUAGAACGCCUCUGAACGCGAUCAUCAAUUACCUUGAAAUUGCUUUGGAAGGUGCCUUGGAUGAAGACACCCGAGAUAGUCUUACUAGAUCUCACUCGGCCUCCAAGUCAUUGAUUUAUGUUAUCAAUGAUCUUCUGGAUUUAACGAAUACCGAGAAGGGCCAGGAACUCAUCAAAGAUGAAAGCUUUGACCUUGAAGAAACCUUCAAAGAAGCUGCUCAAAUGCUUUCUGGUGAAUCCAAACGAAAGAACAUCUCAUUCACCACUUCAGUCCAUCCAGGUCUUCCCCCAUUGGUGCUUGGCGAUCAACGCCGUGUACGCCAGGUCUUGUCCAAUGUGAUAUCCAACGCCAUUCAAAACACUGAAUCCGGCGCGGUAACCACUGAGAUCUGGCGUUCCGCCAAGAACUCCCUGCCGGGUCAUGUGGGAGUCGAAGUCAUGGUCGUUGAUACCGGAGUUGGCAUGUCUCAAGAUAAGCUCGAGGCUCUUUUCCACGAAUUGGAGCAAGUUUCAACAGACGAAACAUACUACCCUGGCGACGCCGAUAAUGCUCCAAGUUCAGAUUCGAAACCGCCACAAAAGCGCGUUUUGGGACUUGGCCUUGCUCUUGCAGCCAGAAUUGUUCGAAACAUGCACGGCCAACUCGGUGUCAGGAGCGAGGAAGGGAAGGGCAGCCGCUUCAAAAUCUUUUUGCAAUUUCGACUGCCUGAAGGUGAUGUUUCGCAGGAUGAAGCCACCAUCGCUGCUGCGCAUUCUGCUAUCCCUCCGACGCCACUGAUCUCCGAUAAAGAGUUUACGUUGGUUGGCGGGUCAUUUGAGCCUGCUGACACGAGGCGACGAAGUAAUGAAAGCAUACGGAGUGGUGGCAGCUCUCGCAGUGGCAACAGCGGGAAGAGCCAGGCCGACAGAUUAAUCAGUGCCAUGCAAGAACCUGCGAUGUCCAAACGGAGCGGAAGCCAGGGCUCAUACUCGAAACACAGAAGACUGUCUUCCAGCCCCGUCAGCGCCCACAGCCAUCCCUUGUCCAGAAUCUCGGCGCCGACAUCUAGCCUGAAACGCUCUUCUACCACACAAUCGGUCCAUGAUAUCCGGGGAAAUCUAUCGUCGGUCACGCACUCGCCAUCGAUCAAUUUACAGCCCCUCGUUACUCCACCUCCCCCGGGAAUGGAGAAUAUCACCGACUCUGGUGUACCGAUGGGUGCUGUGCGAAUGUCCAAACUAUCUGCUAGUAUGAAAUCACCGUCAUCGCAAACCAUCGAGGAUCGAUCGUAUUUCCCGCGAUUUGAACCAGGCACAGGAUUCGCAAAAACCGCCUCCACAGCGCCACCGCCGUCCACAACCCAAGCACCCUCUACGGCACCCCCGCCAUCUACAUCCCCUACCACCGUCCCUUCUAUUACCGAUUAUGAUCUGUUGCAUGUUCUUGUGGCAGAAGACGAUCCGGUCAAUAGCAAAAUCAUACAAAAACGUCUCACCAAGCUUGGACACCGUGUGAAACUCACCAGCAAUGGAGAAGAAUGUGCCGGGGCCUUUGCCUCGGCGACUGACCACUUCGAUGUGAUCCUCAUGGAUCUACAAAUGCCAAUUGUCGAUGGAAUGCAGGCCACUCGAAUGAUCCGUGAUAUUGAGUCCAAAACGCCCCAGAGCGCUCCUGAUGAAGCUUCUCAAACCCGUGUGCCCAUAUUUGCAGUUUCUGCCUCGCUCCUCGAAGAGAACAGAGAGCUCUAUAUCGAGACUGGCUUUGAUGGCUACGUCAUGAAGCCCAUACCGUUCGCCAGGCUGAACUUUUUCUUCAAGGGCUUGAAGGACCUUGGCGCCCGAGCCGAAGCAACUUACACGCCGGAUCGUGAAUGGGAACAUGGCGGAUGGUUUCAUUAG